ACGUGAAAAAUCUGCAUGGUGCAAGACCAAUGUGAAAGUCACCGGCUCACUAUAGUAGAUUAUCUAACAUUUUAAAAUGUCUUGGUUGUUCGGUGUAAAAAAUACACCCCAACCUACGGUUGGAUUUCCACAGGUACCACCACCACCCGGGGGCUCCGAUGGUGACGACGGGAACAAGAAUAAGUCUAAUAAAAUGGAAUAUUCAUUUGACUCUUCUGCGCUAGAGAGAGCUGCUAAGGCAGCGAAAGAAUUAGAAUCAUCAAGUGAGUUAGUUUUGUUAGUAUUAGUUUAAGGUUAGUAAAUGUGGAUAGUUUAAAUGUAAAAGAAAGUUAUUGGGUGGAACCUGUACAGUUAUACCCAAUUAGUUAUUUUAAAGUUGGCUAUUUUAUAAACUUAAUUACUAAUUUUAAGUGUGCUUGCGUCCAAUUAACAUUGAAAUUUAAUCUAUUUCUAACUAAAUUUGUCAAAUGAAAAUGAAUUAAAGAGCACCAAUAAUAUUUUUUUUAAAGGUAUUAGACCAUAGCCAGCCCCUUUUUUAUUGGAUAAACAUGAUUAUUUAGGGCUAUUCAUAAGGAAAGUGGGGGGGGGGGAGAGGGGUGUGUGUUAAAGCUAAAGAAAGUAUGUGCAGAAAAUAGCUUCAAAUUGAAACAUAAAAAAAACCCAUGCCAAAAAUUUGGUUUCUUCCUUCAUCUAGAUUAAACAUUUAAUUGGAAUCCUUUCACAGGACAGUAUGAGAUGCAACAAAAUUGUUCUGCCCCCCUUAAAUUCCGAUAUAAUUAUAUUUGCAAAGGGUUCAGUGUAACUGAGUCCGCCCAACAUAGACAUAAUGUCAUAAUUUAUUUACUAGAUAAUAUAAAAUUCAAUAAAUUAAUAAAUUCCAAUGACCUUCAAAGGGCAAUUAUGUCAUGUUCAGGCCUAAAAUAAAUAAUAUGAAAAUAUAUUUUUAAUUAAGUUAUAGGUCUAAGUACUAAGUGAUCUAAUGGUUAAUUAAUUUGUUUCCAAUUUCUAUAUUUUUUUUAAUAGUUCAGAGAAUAGGUCUGCUUUUUUAUAUUUAUUUUAAUAUGCUUAGCCCUACUUAUAGUAUAUAGGCAUAGUUCUUAACAGUGUAUAAUUUAUGCUUCGCUACUUAGUUAACUUAGGCUUGUAUUAUCUGAAAUAUCCAUUCUUUGCAGAACAUGCAAAAGAUGCAUUACUACUCAUUCAAGAACAAGAGAGAGUCAAAGCACUGGAAACACAGAAGCAAAUCAAAGUAUGAAUAUAUAAUUAUAGUAGGCCUAUAGAAAACUAACAAAACAAAAUUCAAAGAACUGGAGAUUUUUUAAAAGUUUCAUUGCUAGUUUGUGACUUAAAAAGCACUGAAUUAGAAAUUCAAGUAGUGCAGUGCUUAUCUACUGUCGAGCAUAUUUUUUGUAUUUAGAUUUUUUUUUUUUUUUUUGUUUAAUUAACCAAAGGUUUACAAUUUUGACAAUGGAAAAAAAUUUAUUUGUAAACACUAAAAAAAAAAAGCAAAUUCUCCCUUAAUAGUGAAUAUAAUAUUAAGGUUAUUUCUAGGAGAGCCUUGUCAUAUAGCGGAUGUUGUUGUUUUUUUUUUUAAAUUUAUUUUGAAGUAUUAUUUUUAGGAGUAUGAAGCACACGUUGAGCAACUUAAACUUGAGCAAGUCCGUGCUUCAGCUGAGGAGCGCAGGAAGACCAUGGUGGAAGAGACCAAACAGCACCAGUAUAAAGCACAGUAUGAUGAUCAGUUAGCUCGGAAACGUUAUGAAGACCAAUUGGCUCAACAGGUUGCUAAAUAAAAUGUUUUUAGAUCUAUUGUGAUUGUAAUCUACUGCCCAUGCUAGGCCUUUUGGAGAUAAAUACAAUCAUCAGACACAACAUGUUACUUUUCAAUGUAUUUUAUAUCAGGCAUUUCAAUGAUGACUCUUAUUUGUUUGCUUGCUCCAACUAUUUAAUGUAGACUUAAUGUCAGAAACUGCUAUUUCAAUUUUAUUAUAUAUAGUUAUGCUUUUCUUACAAAGGCAAACAUUCCAGAAAAAAAUUUAUAUAUAUAUAUAUAUAUAUAUAUAUAUAUAUAUAUAUAUAUAUAUAUAUAUAUAUAUAUAUAUAUCUAAUAUAUAUAUUGUGUUUUUUUUUUUUUUUAUAUAUAUAUAUACAAAGCUAAUGUAUAGCUGGUGUGUUAUGUUUUUUUUCACUUUUCUUAUAAUAUGAUCUUAUUUUUAAAUAUUUUGAUAGGCUCGUAUGAAUGAAGAAAAUCUUAGGAAGCAGGAGGAGUCUAUAAAAAAACAGGAAGCUAUGCGAAUCGGUGAGCCAAUGAAAAUAAUGCUAUCUAAAGAGUAACUAAAUUUUGCAUAAUAUAGUUAUCUAAUAAGUAGUUAAAUGGUUAACUGUAAAUACACCUGAAUAAUGUAGAGAUUAUUUUUUUUUUUCUUUGUUUGUCAGUGUUUGUUUAUUUUCUUCAGCUACUAUGGAAAAGGAAUCAGAAAUUCGUCAUAAACAUGAUAUGAUGAGAAUAGAGGCGGAGAUGAGAGGAAGAGCUUUAAUGGAAAGAGAAAAUAAAGAUAUAAUCAAAGAGCAGAUUAAAUUGCGAGCAGAGGAAGAAAGAAAGACAAAGAUUCAGUCUAUAACGUAAGAAUACUCUAUAGAAAAAUGUAUUCAUUAAUUUGCAUACUUUGUGAAAAAUAGCAUACUCAUUGCCAUCGAAAUUUGUACAGCAUGUUGUAAUUUCUAAAAGUCACUAAAAUGUGAGAGAUCUUUUUUUUUUAAAAUUAUGUUACUCUAGUGGGUUGAUUAAAGAUAAAGUUUUAGAGUUGUAUUACCUUUGAAUGGAGUUUCCCUUUGCUAUAUUUGCAAGCUUAUUUUGAGAUGACUUGUAAAUAGGUUUGUUGCACAAUUAUGCAUGUAGUUCUUUGAUUUCUUCAGAACAUAUGGUCAAGUAAUUGGAUCAGGUUUAACUACAUUCCUCAACAACUGGAGCAUGAUUACAGCAUUUGUAAGUUCAAUGUCUUUCAGAGCUCAACCAUUUUUCUGAUGUGUGCUGGGGGAGACUUUUUCAUUGGGGUUUCAAUUUAUGAAACUUUUCUUUUUUUUUACUUAUGUGGACUUAAGAUUUAAAAUUACUUUUUUUAAAUUAACUUAUAAUGUUUACCAUAGUUUUUUUGUUGUUUUUUUUUCACUAGGCAGGUGGAGCCACCCUUGUAGUGGGAGGAUACUAUGGAGUGAAGCACAGUUUUGGACUGGUAUUCAGGUCUAUUGAAUCCAGAUUAGGCAAGCCAUCUUUAGUGAGAGAAACAUCCAGAUUCACUGUAGGAAGAGCUUUGAAGCAUCCAAUUGCGGUAAUUUAUUCUUUAUUUUAUUAGCACUUCUAUUUGAAAGGAUAAACACAUAUAAAAUUCUUUUACUUCUAAUGGAUGCUAAAGAUUUUUUUGUGUAACCUUUUAUUUUCCAGACUGUUCAAAACUUGAUAAGGAAACCAGAUGACCCACUGAAAGGAAUUAUUCUCAAGGUCAGUUGAGAUUGUUUUCCAAAAGAGAAAUAUAAAAAAUCAUCUUUUAUUACAAUCCACAAAUGGGAUAAUGUUAUUUUUAUGUUGAAACUAACUGCUUGAGCUUGAGGAACAUGACUUAAAUUUGUUCCUCAAAAGUAAUUUACUUAUCAAAAAUGUUCAUUAAAAUUUAUGUUGCUUUUACUUUUUCUCUUUCAGCCUAAUCUUGAGGAAAAGCUGAGAGACAUUGCUAUAGCAACAAGGCAUACAAAAAAGAAUAAUGGUUACUUCAGAAACAUACUUAUGUACGGUCCACCAGGAACUGGAAAGACAAUGUUUGCUAAGGUGAGAUAUUCAUUUCUCUUCUUACUUUGAAUUAUAAACACUUUUCUUUUGUUAUUGAAGGGAUAUUUUGUAAAUAGAGAACAAUAGGUAAUUGUAAUUUACUGAGAAGCCAUUGAAAAUGUUUCCUUUUUUCCCCUUAGCGAUCAGUGUAGUACAGAAUAUUAAAGUUUCAAUAAAUAAUUUUGUUAAUGUUCCUUUGCAUCUUAUACUUCAGAGUUUGGCUAAGCACUCAGGGAUGCAUUACGCUAUAAUGACAGGUGGUGAUGUGGCUCCAAUGGGAAAAGAGGGAGUUACUGCAAUGCACAAAGUAUUUGACUGGGCUCUCACAAGUAGAAAAGGGUAAAUAUUCACCUUAUAUUUAUAUAAUUACUAGUAUCCUGUUUAUAAAUUAUAAUAAAUAAUGUAAAGAUCUUUGCAACUAUAAGUCUUUUUUUAAAUAAAAAAAAAACAAUCAUGCAUUCAGUGGGUUCUGUUUCACAUUAUCAUAGGUUGCAUUUGAUAAAGUGUUAACUGAAAUCAAUAGCUAGUCUUUACUACUACUGGGAAACCAGUCUUGAGUCUAAUUUAGUCACAGGACUUUGAUAUUUCUGGCUCCCAAAUUUGUUUCUUGAUACUUUAGUCAUAAGACACUUACAAGUUUUUAAGCUAUUUAAAAAAUUAUUUUUGUUUCACUUUCAGUGUUGUUCUCUUUGUUGAUGAAGCAGACGCCUUUCUUAGGAAAAGAAGUACAGUAAGUUUAUCUAAAAGAAUAUUGCUUCAAAAUUUUGUUAGCUCUGCUUUAUGAGAUAUUGGUAAUUUUUCAGUAUAAAUGUUUUGCCUUAUUCUAUGAUAUUAAUAAUUUUGUAUUCAAUUGCAGGAAGUUAUUAGUGAAGAUAUGAGGGCGGCACUUAAUGCUUUCUUGUAUAGGACAGGAGAACAGUCUCAGAAGUAAGAAAUGUCCUAUUUUAAUUUUUAAGUACAUUGUACAAAGUCAUGUUUUAAUUGCUUAAACAAAAAUUUAAACAAUAUUUUUCCAUGUAAAUUGAUGUCAACAUCAAAUUAUAAUUCUUAAAUCCAAUUUUUUUUUUUAUAAUUUACUUUACAUAAAUUCUGUUUAUCCUUAGAUUUAUGUUAGUUCUAGCUAGCAACCAGCCAGAGCAGUUUGACUGGGCUAUAAAUGACAGAGUUGAUGAAAUGGUGGAGUUUGAGAUUCCAACAUAUGGUGAGAGGGAGAGGCUAGUAAGACACUAUUUCCAAAAAUUUGUACUUGAGCCAGCCACAGCUAAGUCUGGGUAAGUCCUAGAUAUAUUACAGCCUUGAAAUUUUAAAAAUCUUAACCAACCAUGUGUUGAUGAUAUACACUAUAUUCAUGUUACAUGCAUGCAAUGGGAACAUCAGGAUUUUUUGUAAACUAAUCGAAACCUUGUAACAGACCUGGCUACGCUUUUUUAGGAUUUUGGCAGAGUUGUCAAAAUCUACAAAAUAGAAUGUGUUUAAAAGAUAUGUUCCCGUAGUUUUAAGCUUUGCAAAAAGACAUUCAUUUUCGGUUAUUACUUUAGCUCAUUUCUACAUCCGGCUCUGAAUAAAAUGUAAAUACUAUUGCUUGGGGAUUGGAAUUUGUGUUGAUUUAGGGGAAGUUUCUAAUUAUAUUUUAAGGCUAAAAAAUACUCGACAUUUUGUAAUGUUCGCUGAUCGCCAUAUUCUUGCAUUAUAUUUUCAUAAUAAACUCGCUAGAUAUGGCAACAGUAAUAAUUAGUGUAGUAACUACAUCAUACACCACCGAAGAAAACAAAAGCGAGGAUUGACAUAAAUUGUCCUAAGACUUGAGUGAUUAUACUAAUAUUACUGUUGCGGUUUUUAGCAAGUUAAUUAUGAAAACACGCAAAGCAACAUGACCACCGACUAUCAUUACAAAAAUGUGACAGUGUUAUUUUUUUUAAACUUAAAUAUUGAGGCGCCCAUGUACGUAAAAUCUCCUAAAUAAGCACCACCGCCUCCCCUCUCAGGCACACGUUAUAUAAUUAAAUAUGGUCCCCAUCCACUCAAUAUUUCUCGAUCCAUUCACUGCUGGUUGAUAAAAGCAGGUUGAAACUAGACUACCAACCGAAAAUGUACUUUUUAAUUACUAUUUUUAUUUUGAAAAAGUGCUGGAAUGCAAAUAUUUUCAACCCAGUUUGUAGGUCUUGGCAUAAUAUUGUAAAAAAAAAACCCCUCAAGACCAUACAUUGUACGCCAAAAUCAUAAGAAUUAACAGGUCUGGCGGCAUUUGAAAUCUUCAAUAAGCAGCUAUAUGAUUUUAAUACCCCGGUUGUGUUCCAAAUCUCCUUUCCUUGCCCCUCUUACAUGAAAUAUUUAAUAUACUAUAAUAAUAUGUUAAUUAAAAAGGGAGUACUAUCGGUGAAAUUUUAUGUUAUCUGCACCUACACCCAAAUAUUAACUGAUAUCUUAGCAGAUACGCAGUGGGGGGUAUCUAGGGUUGAUUCCUCCUGGGCACUGCCAAAUUUUGUGCCAGCCCCAUCCAUGAAACUCUGCAGUUGGGUGAAAAUGCAGUCUCGAUGUAAAGUGAAAAGGUAUCGCCAUUGCGGAUCGCAUUCCCUCUCCCCGUCUACGCUACUGAAAACACGCACGCUAAACACAAUGUCGCGGAUUGCAAUAUCUUAUAUAAAUGUCAGUCUUCUACUUUUGGAAUAGAUCUUUCCUUUUUUUAAACCACUUAACCAGAUCCUGCUCGACCAUCGAUGCGAGCAGUUGUUGAAGAGGCCUACAUUAUAGUGUUGGUUUAUUUACUGCUAUGUUAAAUGGUAUUGCACAGUUUUGAGAUGUAUAUUAUUUUUCUGAAACCAUAUUCUUGGAUUCUCAGCGUACUUUAUUAAGCCAUUAAAUUUUUUGUCCAUUGUUCAUUUCAGCCGUUUACGGGUAGCAGAAUUCGAUUAUGGCAAGAAAUGUCAAGAAAUAGCUGAAAGGACUGAAGGUCUCUCUGGAAGAGAAAUAUCUAAAUUGGGUGUUGCCUGGCAGGUUAGUACAAUGUUUUGCAAUUUCAUUAUAAGUGUUUAAUACCAAAUGUGUAAUUAGCAGUUGAUGCACUAAAAGAAAAAUAUUUAUGGACAUCUUAGGGCUUAGUAAACCAUCAUUUAGACUCACUUUAGUUAUGUCAAGUUUUAAAUUUAAAGUGACAUAUAAUGUUUCAGCUCUUCAGUUUCAGACAUUGUACCAAUGAUAAUUUUUAAGGAUCAUAAUGUAAUCGCCUAGUCUAAUUAUCGCAAAGAAAAUAAUUACCCUUAUUUAUGUAAAUAUUAUUUUGUCUAUGAGAUGUCAAUGGUUUGUCAGCCUCCUUGAUUGUUCAUCAAAUACUACAUUGGAGCUGUUAAAAAAGGGGGGCGGGGGGGUGUGUGGGUGUUAGUUAAUUAAGCCACAAUAAUGGAGGAUAUAUUUUUUUUUGACAUUAGUGUAAAUGUCUACAUAAUUCGCUAACAUUAAAGCUGUAGGUAGCACUAAAAAUUUAGUGAUAUAUUUCAAAAGAUAAAUAAUUAUAUAUUUUUUUUAUUUUGUUUUUAAAUUGUGAUUUCAUUUCUUCUAUAAAUGUUUUUACUUAUCAAAUAAAUUCCAGGCCAAGGCAUAUGCUUCAGAGAAAGGAAUUUUGACUGAAGAAAUGAUAAAUGACAUUGUUAAUGAUGCCAUAGAGCAACAUGCCAAGAAGGUUAGCUGGCAACAUGGAGAAGUUACCACUGAUGUUUUCUACAGAUCUAGCAAAGACAGGUCAAUGUCAAUUGUGCCGCCCACCCCACUGGUGGCAAAAGUGACACCCAUCCCGUCUACACUAGGACAAUCACCUACAGUAGGACAGACUCCGCCAGAUCCAAAUAAAGACCAUAAAUCAUGAGAAUAAUUCAUGUAGUGUCACUUGCAUUCGUUAUUUUAUGAAUAAGGUGCAUAUAAAUAAUUUGAGGUUGCUUUUUUUUAAAAUGUUGAUUUAUUUUUUUUUUAAAGAUAUACUAAGGCAUGAAUGUUACUGUCAUUAUGUGUGAUGAAAAAAUAGAUCAUUUGAGAAACUUUUUGACAACUGAGUGCAUUUGUUGUGUGAGACAGAACUGACCUAAAAUGUUUUAACUAGAAAUAGAGGAACAGUGAUAUAAUUUAAUAAAACUUUUAGCUGUGUUUAUUACGGUAGCAGUGAAGGAUGAGCCACAUAUAUCGGGUGUAAUUCUGUUUUAUCUUUGUAAAAUUUCUUUAAUCUGAAUGAGAACGGAGAGUAACUGCCAUUAUGUUUGGGACCAUAACUAAAACUUCCUCCUUCCAAAACAGAUUUCUGUGUUAAGUUAUAUAUUGAUAUGCAUAAAUUAAUAUCACAAUAUCUUUAAGAAUUUUAAGAAAUAAGACGUGUAAUGUCUACAGUUGUUGGCAUUUAUAUGUGGUUUAAGAUGUUUUAAAUUUUAUUUAACAUAAAGCAAAAUCUUAGAAUUUAGAUAUUUAAAUGUUUGUGUGAAGAUUGAUGUCUAGUUGAUUUUUGUGUAGACACUCAGAGCAUGUAGAUGCCAGUUUUUUCUUUAUCAAAGUAAAGUCCCACUGUCAAUUGCUUUAAAACUGUUUGUAGAAAAAUAUUUUUUUGGUAAUGACAAUUUUGGGCUGUGUAAACUGUGUUACACAAAGUCUGCUGUGAUGGGAUUGUUUGUUUCACUGCCAGUUAGUACUCUUUAAAUCAAGAAAAUAUAGAAACAGAAGAGAUUUUAUCAUUUGAAAAAAAUAGAUUCUUAUUCUGAAUGGAUCAAUUUACAAAAUUUAAAAAAGUGAGAUUAAUACACAAAGUCUCAAGGAAGUUUUUUUUAAAUAGUAAUUGUAGAUUAUGCAGGAAAAAAAAAUUAAACUUAACAAACAUAUUUUUGGUUAAAUUACUUUGUUAAAAAAAAAGUUUUAAUGACUGAGAAAUGCUCGAAGAAAACAAUUUUUAGUCAGAAAAUUGCUAGAGUGCUUUUGGGUUAGGAUUUUUAAAUGGUGGUCCAAGGGCCCGCAAGCAUUACAUUGCUGGUCAGCACUACAUGAAUAUAUGUGGUCAUAUAAAAAGACUAUAUAUAAUAUUAUAUUCCGUGAUGAAAUUUUGAAAAUUGUGGACCGGUCCAUUAAACAUAAAGAUUGGGAAAUGUCGCACUGGGUAUUUGAAGCUGGGGCACCUUUAUUAUUAGCACUGCUAUAUUAGCAGCUAUACAAAUUCUUAAAAACCAUUGUACCCCUGCAUAUGGAGUACCAGUAUCAAUACUUAUACACACUGAAAAAACUAUUUUUAACAGAAUUGAUUGUGAUGUCUUAGAUGUGUGAGUUAAAAGGAUCAUCAGUUAUGUUGUCAAACAGAUCAUUUUGAACAUUUGUGUGUACAAAUAUUUUUUUUUACUUAUCAUAC